AACCUGAGAUUUGCAAUUCAAUUUUGUCACUCACCUUUUCAAACUUGGAGCGGAUUUCCUUUUCAAUUCUUAUUGGUUCUUGCUCAUACAGUAACUCUUUCACUUUUUUUGGUUGCGCUUUGUUUUGAACAACUCCUGUGGCGGGAUAGAUUAUUAUUAUUAUUAUUAUACUUUAUUGGUGUAUUAAUUUUAACUUUAUUUUUAUUCUUGUGUUAACCUCGGAUUAUUAAGUGACCUUAAAAAUAGUCAACCAUUUGUUUUUAUACUUUAAGUGUGACUUACCAGCUAGUAGCUGUUUUUAUUAAAUAAGGUGAAACAAACAAUCUACGUUUUUUCGCCUCUCUUCACUCGAAAACUGUUAAUUGUGAUCAACCAUAAGAAACGAUUUCACGGUAAGGUUGACUGCGUGACAAUAGGAAUUGGUUUCCACCUUAUCCAAAGAAACUUUGCUCUUUAUUGUUAAUCUGUACACAAUUUGGAUUAUAUGUUUAUAAAAAGUCGAGUUGUUAUCUGGUUCACUGUCAUUGUUGAUUAUUCAGCUCUGUGGAAACAACAUCUAAUCAUUUUUGAAUAACUGGUGAUAACUGCUAUUUAUUGUUUCUAUCUAACAAUUUUGCUUCGAUUCUAGUAACUUUUAUUUACAUCAUAAUUUAUUAACUUUCCAUCUGUGAUAUUUUUUAAUUGAUCAAGUAAAAUGUCGGAUUCUAAAGCCAACGAGACAACUGCAACUACUGCAUCCACAACUACAACCACAACUUCGACCACAGCAACAACCGAACCAGCAAUUGUACCAGCAAACGUACCAGUUGAGAAGACUUACGAACAAUGGUUAGCUGAGAUUGACAAAGAAUCUGAAAAUGUUGAUAGUGAUAAAGACGCCUUGUUAUUGAAGACCAAGGAACUGUACAAUUUGUUUAAUGGGGAAUCAAAUGCGGCAAUAUUGUGGCGAGUUGCUCGUGAUGCUCAUCGAGCUGCUUCUGUUGCCGAAGCUGCUGGAGAUAAAGAUAAACAAAAAGGUUUACUUCAAGAAGCUGAGAGUUUCAUCAAGAAAGCUUUGGCUCUAGACAAUUCCAAUCCAGAAUAUCAUGCAUGGGCUGCCUUUAUUGUUGGUAAAUUGUCUGAUUUUGCUGGACGAAAGGAAAGGAUCCAACGUGGUUAUGAGAUGCAGCAUCAUUUGGAAGAAGCAAUUAGAUUGAAAACUACCGAUGCUGGAGUUUACUUUUCUUAUGGUCGAUGGUGCAUGGAAGUGGCCAAAUUGUCCUGGGUCGAACGAAAUUUGGCUGCUGCUUUAUUCUCAAAGCCCCCGGAGGCAACUUAUCAAGAUGCUGUUAAUAAAUUUAUUGAGGCAGACAAAAUGCGACCCGAUUGGCGAGCUAAUUACUUUUGGAUGGCCAAAUGUUAUAUUAACAUGAAAAACAAUAAAAAAGCCAUUGAAUGUUUGGAUAUUGGUGUUAAAUGUACUCCCCGAGAUGAGGAAGACUUAAUUGUUGAAAACGAGUUGGUUACAUUGCAAAAGAAAUAUGCGUCAUAUCGUUAAUCACUCGAAUAUGUUAUUUAAUCAAACAAAAAGUCAUUAUCAUGAUAUUACCUUGAUAACCAGUAUAAAGCACACUUUUUAACCAUUUUUGUUCCUCUAUUUCUGACAGAUUGUCGAUUAUUGUUCAUUUAGCUAUUGUUGACUAUCAAUCAAUUAUUAUGCAUAAUUGACUUGGUUGUAAAAAGUGUAAUUUUUUAAAAACAAAAUACUUUUACUCAAAAUAAAUCCUUGUUGUCUAUUAA